CGGAGAUGACGUAGGCAAUACAGCGCAGCUGCUGCUGUCUACAAGAGAAAACAUUAUUCAGUUGCCAUUGCCACCUCAUCGCGAUGAUGUUUUAGGGGAAAAAAUAUAGCGGACGUGUAUACGCAUCGUGGAUAUUCGCGAAUAUCUGGUCGACAAUAAGGUUUCGUUAGUUCUUUAAGUGCAUCGCAAACUAAUCGCGAUGAACCUUCAACUCUGUAUCCUCGGCUUCGUCCUUCUCGUCUCUCAGGCGCAAUGUAUUAUGUGGUACAUGGAGCCGAACACGCAGAAAUGCUUGAAGGAAGAGAUUCAGGGAAACGUUCUGGUGAACGGCGAGUACGAGGUUUCCGAGGUUCCCGGCCAGAAGAUCAAUUUUUUGACGAGGGACUCCAAGGGACACAUUCUCGCUCAGAAGGAUGAUAUACAGCAAGGAAAGCUGUCUAAAUUUUCAUUUGUUACGGAAACAUAUGAUACCUUUGAGAUCUGCUUUACUUCCCAUGUAUCGCCACAUGAACGAGGCAUGAGGCAAGAAGUUUCGUUAAACGUCAAGAAAGGCAUUGAAGCUAAAAGCUACGAGGGUAUCGGCGAGGCAGCUAAGCUGAAACCAAUUGAAGUAGAACUCAAACGAUUGGAGGAUUUGUCAGAAGCCAUUGUACAGGACUUUGCUAGGAUGCGUAAGAAUGAAGAAGAAAUGAGAGAUACAAAUGAGGCAACAAAUUCUCGCGUUCUGUACUUCAGCAUAUUUUCGAUGCUCUGUCUGUUAAGUUUGGCUACUUGGCAAGUCUUUUAUUUAAGACGUUUCUUCAGAGCAAAGAAACUCAUCGAGUAGUACACUUUGUGUACAACUCACAAACUGGAGCUGUGUCCAAGUAUUUAAAUGCUUGGUUGAAUGUCGGUCGUUUCAUCGAGACCUAUUAUGUCAUUUGUUAAUGAAGUGAUUUAUUUUGGGAGAUAAUUUGGUAAGCAAAUCAAAUGACUGCAUAUUGAUGCGUCAUGUAAAUUUGGACCAAGGAGUUGAGUUCGUCAGAUAAUGUAAUGAAUUUUUGUACAAUCUACUUAGCUUAUUCAAAAUAAGAUAAAUUGUACAGUAAUUUAAACUUAAUAUUUUUUCAUUCAGGUCAAUUUAAUUUACACUGCAAUAAAAUACUUCUCACAUGAUGUACAUUAUGAAUAGAAAAGAAUGACGAUCAAUAUUUUUUCGUGGUAACGUAAGGAUUUUCAAAAACAUUGCUAGUAUUUUUUUGUAAAUAUGAAUCGUGUACCAUCCAAUCCUUUUCAAGGUUAAAGUACUGAUAAAAAAAAUCAAAAUAUCAUUUGUAAAUACAUGUCACGUGUAUUUUUCAGAAAAUAUUCAAACUAGUUUUCCCGUAGUACAUUGGAUCGCCGUAAUUACUAUUAUAAUAGAUCUGCAUCAUAUAUGUUUUACAUUCAGAUCUUGUACCUAUCAUACUUUUCUGUAAGGUUGUGUUAUAUGCAUACUUCAAAAUAAAACAAGUUUGAGUUAUAA